AUGGACCAGCCUCUCCCCGACGCUUCGUCCAAGACCAUCCUCUACCUUGACAACUUCGAUGAGAUUAGGCACCUCAAAAAGGAGAUCGCCGGGGAGGAGGCCGAGGUGAAAGGCCAGGUCUCGGAGAACCACGGGAAGUUCAUCGAGGCCUGUAUCUCCUUGGGGCUCCCAAGGAAUGAGGGGAAGCAGCUCUGCGGUGCCCUUUCCGGAACCCUCCAAGGAGGUGAAGUUCUUGGACAGGAAAAGGUCCUUCGGCACGCCUAUGAAAAGACCGUAGAGCUUCUCAGUCUCGGGCUUGGUCUGCUAGUCAAUGGCACCAUGCCCGAGUGCUUCCUGAGACACUGGACAGGCAAGGCGGCCUUCGCAGCUGCCUUCAGGAGGCCCAUGUACUCUAUCCUCCAGGAGGUUUAUGGAGUGCUGGAAACCAGCCGUGAUGGUGCGCACCUUGCACUACCGACCUGCGUGGUCGAUGAGGUCGUGGUCUUCAGUGGGCUCCUGGCCCUGGCCGAAACGGACCUCUCUUCCGAGAUCUCUCCCGAGGUGAGCUGCACCGACGCAUCUCCUACGGGAGGGGGAUGUUCGGUGGCUACUGCUUUCAAAGAGAAAACGCUGCUCCUCCCGGACCCCGUUGAGGACCUCAACUUCUCUGACUGCUGCCAGAAAGAGCUCGCGGAGGAAGUGGUGGCAUGUACCCGAGUUUGGAGAGGGAUCGCCACCCAACCUCCGCUGGACUAUGAGGUCCCGGGCGACCGGUGGGACUUCAAGACUGAAGCAGGAAAGGCCCGCCUGGAUGACGAACCUCAUGUGGACACACUGGUCCCCUUUAUGAAGGACCGGAGCACUGCGUACUGGGAUCGCUCGGGGAGGUGGGUCGAAGGGGCACCUCAGCUCCGAGACCGACACCACCCGGAAGGUUUGCCUAAGCUGAAGCAGCACCUCAACGUGGCAGUGAGACAAGCUAACGCUUUGGCGAAGCGAGCUGCACGCGGCCUAGCGGAAGCCAAGCGGAGAGGCACCAGAGAAUGCUGGGUAGGAGUGCUCCACAACUCGGAUUCCCUGCACGCCGUCCUUCACAACCCACAGUGUGAAGGGCACGAUGACCUUGAGGACCCAGACCUCGGCAAUGAGGAUGAGGAUUCAGAGUACCCCUGGCGUCUGUGCCUGGUGAUGGCGGAGGGAAUCUACGACGAGCUCAACUCACUGUACUCUGAGCCUUUUGGCUCCCUGCCACUUAACCUGGACAGGCUGCUGAAGCACCAGUUGCAGGGAGCGACGCGUGGCUUGCAGCAAGAAGAGGCGGUCAUCUGGGCUGUGAACCAGUGUGCCACCUUCUUGGAGACAAUGAACGGGGGUGAGGAGAAGCUGCACCUGGAGUGGCUCCUCCAGCACGCCUACCACACAGGCUGCGACGUCAGACUGACCGACCGUGGUGAUGACAUUGUGGGUCACAGACCGGGACCCUACCCGGCGUUCCGCUGGCACUGGAAGGACGUCCUUUCCUACCAGUGGCGGGAACCACAGCACAUAAAUGUGCUCGAAAUGACGGCCUUCCUCACGGAGCUCAGAAGGCGAGCCCGCAACGUCGAUGCUCUGGGGAAGCGCUUCUUCUGUGUCAUCGACUCCCUCGUCUCUUUCUACGUGUUGGGAAAAGGGAGGUCCUCUUCCAAGCGUCUCAACCGUGUCAGCCGCCGCAUUGCCAGCCUCUCACUGGCGUCUGGUUUGAUCCCCAUGACCCUGUGGACUAUCAGCAAGUGGAACUUUAGCGAUGGCGCCUCGCGGAAAUACGAACCGAAAUGA